CUGUGUCUGUGUACUGGGCUCGGAGUGAGGCCCCUGUCUGGGUGUCUGCUUCAAUCCACUCACCACACACUUCCUCCUCUACAGGGUUUGUAUCAGAUAGUGCCCGCUUUGCAGUAAAGCCCCCUCCAGCCUGGCACACGCACACACGCACUUACACAUAUACACCAGAGAGACCAGAGAACUGUGAUGGCAUAGUACCCACCAGUACAUGACAUGGAUGUUCGACACUUAUGGUGGAAAAUCUACAUCUGGACCCAGGCCCAGAUUUGCUUUGGAUUGGUGCUGGGUUCUGUCACCGGAUCCAUCAAUCAGCUGUCAAAGAAAGACAUUGUGCUCUUGGCAGCUGAUGAAGACCCAAAGUGCUUCACUCGGACCCAAUAUGACCUCACUUGCUUUUGGGAAGAGUCCAAUAACAAGUCUUACAAUUUCUUCUACAGUAUUGAUGAUGAAGAGAAGCUGUGCAAUCUCACACAACAGAAAAUGGACAACACCACCAUCGUUCACAUUUGCUCAUUCCCUCCCUUUGAUGUUUACCUGUUCACCCUCAUACACAUUAGAGUGGUGGAAACAAGCACAAACACCACAAUAUAUCGCAGGAACAUCAGUGUCGAAGACCAAGUUCUGUUUUAUUCCCCCACAAAUGUUUCUCUGCACGUCACUGAGGAAGCAGGACAGUUGCAGGUGACAUGGUGCAUGCCUGAAGAGUGGAGAGACAAAGCGCAUUAUGAGUUAAAGUACUCCUCGCACAGCUUGGAGCAGAAAACAGAACAGGUAAAGACUACAAAGUCGCUGGUCUACAGACUGAACUCCCUUGUCCCGGGUGAGGUUUGCAGUGUCCAAAUGCGAGUCAUUCCAAAUGGCUAUGGUAUGAGAGGACACUGGAGUGACUGGUCACACCCCACCAUGGCCAUGGUACCUCAAAAUGCAGGUGAUAUUGAUUUAUUGUGCCAUACUUCUGAUCUUCGCAAUAUCCAAUGUCAAUGGAAGGAACGAGCAUCUGGUGAAAACUACACACUCUUCUACAAGCUGUGUCCCAGGUCCAGUGGUCAGUGGCGAGAGUGCACCCACAGAGAAAAUGCCUCUCAAUGUGCCUUCCCUGGAGAAGAGUCCAGUCCUAUAUGUGUCAACAUCGGUGGUCAUGGGCCAUACAGCAGGCUCUUCUACUCUGAGCCUUUCAGGAUGAAUGACAGUGUUAAAACAGACCCUCCACAGAAGUUGAGAGCAGAGACUGAAGGAGGCAGGCUGUGUCUACAGUGGGACCCCCCUCUCCAGAAUCUGUCCCGACUCUUGAUGUAUGAGAUCCGAUACCGUCCCCAGAGGGAGAGGCUGUGGAAGUUUGUGACUCUGCAAAGCUCUGAAACCGGCACAUGCCUUGACUUCCAAGCAGGGAGUCAGUACGCCAUGCAGAUAAGGGCCAAGCCAGAUGGAUCCAUGUAUAGCGGGUUCUGGAGUGACUGGUCCAGCACUCUCACAGUCGAUGUGCCCUCAAACAUAGCAACUCUGCUGGUUGCAUGUAUCCCAUUCACGGUGUUCUUAGUACCAGUUUUGUUGAUCGCCAUAUUCUCCAAGCAUUUCAGGAAGAUUAAACAGCACUUGUGGCCCCCAGUCCCAAACCUGGAUAAGGUGCUGGAAGGUUUCCUCAUAGAUAUUAACCAAAACUGCCAGAAUCCAUCCUUCAGUAUCAAGCAGUGUUACGAGGACACCAUCACCUCAGUGGUGGAGAUUGUAUCUGAGAAAGAGGCCUUGCUCUGUGGGAAAAUCCAAAGGGAGCCCAUCACAAACUCCCUCUCAGAGCCAGAGCCUGAGGAGCAGGAGACUGCAGAGGAGCACACGGAGAUCCUGGAGGCCAGUCAAGAUUAUGUGACCCUUAACGCUGAGAGCCUCACCCCCUGCCUGUGGGGAAACGAGUAUGUGUACGACCAAAGCAAGACACAGAGCACGGGGGAGGAGGUUCUCCAGAUGAGGUGUCACUGCUCCUGUGCCUCCUCCACAGACAUCUUCAACCAGUCCUAUCUCCUGCUGUCAAGGCAGCCCAAGGUGCCUCAGCUCAGAAAGACUGCAGGAGGCGCCAACCAGUACACCAACCUGGAGAGCAUGGCACAGCCAACACCUGUAGACUGAGUCUUGGGAAAUGUUGUAUAGGGUUGUGGUACAAGGCAGUUUUACAAACAAGAAACAAAUUCAGACUGUUGAGGUGUAACAUCUCCAGUUAUUCCCUUAAAUCAGAGCAGCAAGGCUCACAAGGGACGUCAUACUCACUGGGAUACAUAGUUAUGCUCUUUGUCCUGAACUUCACCAAGUGAGGUUGACCACUUUCAAUAUUAUUAUUUGUCAAUCAAAGAAUUCAACUCGUGACUUCACAUUAGGUUAAUCAGUGGAGCAGUGAGCAAACUCAAUGAGCCAACAAACACCUGUGACCAUGCACACUCAUCCAUCUCCCUUAAAAUGAGGUUCAGAAGCUUGAUGUCAAGAAACUUGAUCUCAAGAAGAGUUUGGGUACUUUACAUGGCUGCAUAGGGGCGCAGUAGGUUACAUUAUUUGGAAACCAAUAUUAGUCUUAGCACCACCAGGAAGUUGCUGGUUUAAAAAUUAUUGGUGUUGCACUAAUAUUGUGGCCUUGAAAAAUGCAAUUAAUCAAAUUUUUUUGUGUAAAAAAUUGCAACAACAAAAAAAAAGUUGCAAUAAUGGCCAUGAUUUAAUCACCAGGGAGUAUUCACUGUCUGAGGGGAGGAGGGGUCUACAAGCCAUUUAUAAUGUAUACAAAUGAUUUACGCUUCCUUCUCGAGUCCCUUAUAUUUUGGGUUCUUUUACAUGAUACAUAAACAUAUAUCCAAUAUAUCCCUCUGUAUAGUUUACUUAGUUUUUUUUAAUAUACUUUUUUAUGUUUUUCAUUGGCCCAGGUAGUUUUUUUGUGCAAUUAACAAUAUUGUAGAUAAAGAAGCUUCUAAUGACCUGCAGACUUUAUAAUAAUCAGUAUAGGGGUAUUGGCAAGUUGGCGGUUUACAGAAAGAUAAUGCACUUCAUGCAACUCCAACACAGCUUGUAGAUGUAUGUUAUGCCUCCAGGGGUUCUGCAUGUGUAGAUGUCCUGAUUAUUUUUCUAAAAAAUUAAUCAUUUUUGGUUGGAACCAAUUUCCUUUGGCUCAUGUAACCUGAGACCACCACACUCCAAGUACAAGCACUCAAGCACUGCACUCAAGUACAAGCAAAAUAUAGAAACAGAUCUUUAUGUUCAGGAUUGUGAAUAAACACUAUAAAAUUCAUCCGUUCAUAUGUACAGCCUUCAGGAACAUAACAUUACUGUACAGACUGCUCUGGAGCUGAAUGUAUUUUCUUCCUUUAAACCACAAACUUGGUCAAGUAGCUAAAAUAAUUAAUCGCACACAAAAACGGUCUGGGCCACUGAAAAACAUACAAUUAUACUGCAAUAAUAUCAAAUGCUCAAGAACAUGGAACUAUCCCUUUGAAUCUGCUGAAAGAGCUUUUCAAGGAGGAUGUUGUAACCUGAGGUCCAAAGCACAAAACACUGUUGUGCUUUAAAUACAUUAAUUCAGAAACCCACUAGUCAAAAUCUAUGAGAAUGUUCUGGGUUUCAUGCCAUUAUUGCCUUUUGAAUAAAUGUUUUAGCACAAAGCUCUUUGUAUUUUAAGAUAUUGUUGCUUAAAUUUUGCUGUUAUUUCUUAUCGGUUUACAUGUUCUGCAGACCUAGUCAGAGAUGACAGAUGACCCAUUCAGGAAGUUCAGUAGGAUUUACGGGUCAAUUGUGUGAAGCUGGUAGUUUGUGAAACUGUAAAUUUCUUUUGCUUUAACUUAUUCCUUCUUGCCCUUCAUAUGGCAUUUAAGCUUGGGAGAAUGUAUUAUUAGCAUCCAAUAAAAAUGUGUGAAAAGUAUACAAAA